CGUUCUUAGUCCUACCUCUUCUCUAGCAGUUAUCCCGCGAGCAUUGAAUAAUGGACAAAGACAGCCGUAUCGUCAUCAUUGGUGCGGGUGUAUUCGGCCUUUCCACGGCGUACCAGCUCGCCUCCGAGGGUUACCGGGACAUCACCGUCCUCGACCGACACAUGCCACCGGUUACCGAUGGAUCCAGCUCAGAUAUAUCCCGGCUUAUCCGAUUCGACUAUGCCGAUGACGAUUAUCUACAGCUUGCGCAUGCCGCUUAUCUGAAAUGGCAGCAGCCCAAGUACCAGGGCAUCUUCUAUCCGACCCCCUUCAUCUUUACCGGAAGUUCAACUACCCACGGACAAGCUUGGAUCGCCAAGGCCACUGCAGCUCUGACCAACCACCAACUCCCAUGGGCCAAGGUCCAAGACGCCGCCGCAGCGAAGCGGUUAUAUCCAAAUCUGACUGGCGAGCUAGCAGCGCCUCCGUUCACUGGUUAUGAGAACAAGCAAGCUGGUUGGGCAGACGCCAACAAAGCCAUCAGUCAGCUUCGAGAUGACUGUCUCGAGCUUGGCGUUUCGUUCAUCUGUGGCCGCAGAGGCAUGGUGGUCGGAUUUGAUACCGACUCUAACAAUGCUAUCAAGGCAGUGCGAACCCUGACCAGUGGUCCCGUGGAAGGUGAUCACUUUGUACUGGCAGCCGGCGCAUGGGGAUCCAGUCUCGUCCCGAUGUACAACUCCACCCUAACAACAGGCCAAGUUUUGGGAUACAUGCGUCUGACUCCGGAGGAAGUGGAAAAGUACAGAGAGUUGCCAGUAUACAUCAACUUCUCGACGGGAUGGUUCAACUUUCCACCUCACGAAGACACUGGACUGCUGAAGAUGGCGGUCCACGGUUGGGGCUAUACCCGGACACCGGCGAAGGGUGAAUCCACCGCCGUGAAGACCAAUCCUUCAAUGCCUCCCUUGAUUCCACCUCGUGAACGUCGCAACUUCGCCCCCGCAGAUGGCGAGGUCCGACUGAGAGAAGGAUUGCGCGAAAUUCUGCCCGAACUGGCCGAUCGGGCAUUUGAGAGGGUAGCUCUCUGCUGGUAUACGGAUACCCCGACGGGCGAUUUCAUCAUGGACUUUCAUCCCGAUUUCAAGAAUCUAUUGAUUGGAGGGGGGGGAAGCGGACAUGGGUUCAAAUUCUUGCCGGUGCUUGGUGAAUACAUGUCGCUUGCAUUUAAGAAGAGCCUGCCACCCCACCUGGCCCAGAAGUGGCGGUUCCGGACGGACUAUCAGAAUCGGGACGAUGUGUUUUUGGGCGAUGGGAGUCGUGGAGGACCUGCUAGACGGGAGUUGGAGGCUGGUGAGAGGGCCAAAUUGUAAACCCGUUGACACGGAUAACGAGUUCAAGUUUAGCCAAUGGAUGCGAUGUUUUACUCUUUCCGAUGAAGAGGAAGACGAGGCUGGGCUAAGCUAGUCUGAAGGAGGUUAGUGCCGGGAAAGACGAACAUGGCUGAUCCCGGUCACGUGCUCCCAGGGCACUUUUCGUUCUCCGUGGUCCGAUACUCUGUGUCCCCAUUCAAUUCUCAUCCAUGAAAAUGAACACUUCUUCAGAAUCCCGCGGAC